AUGAGCGCUCAGGCAGGAGCAAGCGCAGCAUCGGCACAGCCACACCACGGUCGCCAGAAAAAGAACUCGAUUGGCAGCUGGUUCUCUAAGAAGUUUGGACGGAGACCGAGCGAUGCAGCUCAUGCCUCUGAUGGUACUUCGGCGAACGGCUCAGCUGGCGUAGGCGGAACGCUACCUGCAAGAAAGGGAGCAUCAAAAGUCGAUGAUCGAAGCAAGUCGUCGACACUGCCCAAGCUCAACGGCGGUGCUCAGCGUGCGGGCGUGACAGGUCAGCAGCCGCAGUUCGCCUCGGCCUUCAGCUCGGAUCAGGCAAACGGCCUCGCCAGUACGCUUGCUGUGCCCGGCCAGAGCGUCGCUGCACAGGGCAGCUUGACGCCUCCUCCGCAGCUGGACGGUAUCCCAAGUCAGGAGCCGCUCGGCGCGAUCGAUCUGCCCCGGUCGCCUCGUCCAGACACUGCGGCCAUCUCAAGUCAGCAAGAUCCCGGUGCCCUCUCCUCGAACACCUUUGCUCAUGACAAGGCGCUCGCAUCACCUCCUUCGACUGUCAAUGACCCCGUUUUGCCUUCGAGCGCGGUUCCGAACUCCAGCGCAGACGGUGCUGCCGCUCCUACCCCAAACGCCAUCAUCUCCAACGCACCGACCGCUCCCACGAACGACUUCGAGCCAGACACGGACGACGCCAGCAGUCUGGCCGGUCGUGACUCCAUUGGCAACCGCACCUUGGACACGACCAAGAGCCGCGCCAGCACUAAGCCUACCACGCUCAUGAGUCUCGACACCCGCGAGCCUACGAUCCUUCCCACCACCCACAUCGCUCAGCCGCGCCAGGGCAGCGGCGAUGACUCCUUUGGUACCUCGCAGCGUCGCACCACUGCGCCUCGCGACGGCGUCACGACCCAGAUCGCAUCCGAUAGCGGGUCUCGCAGCGUCAGUGGGCAGACUGGCAACACCAGCAGCAUCGCCGGCGAGCAUGGGCCCGCCUUCAUCAACGUACCUUCCCACACCAGACCGCAUCCCAACAACAACCCACACCCGUCUGGAAUUCCCGCCGACAACGCCAGUGUGUUGACUCUCGCCUCCUCCAAUGCCGGCAUGAGUCUUGGGGGGGCCAGCCGGAGUCACCAUCACGCGCCUAGCCUGGGUGGAGCAAGGAGCAUCGGCGGCAGUCUCAUGGGCGACCGUCGCAACAGCAGCGACACCUACGCUUCCCUGAUGGCUUUGCCUCCGCUCAGCCGGCGUGGCAGCGACUCGUCCUCGCGAACGCGCGACUCGAUCGCGGCCAGCGCGACCGGCCAGAACUCGCACCAGGCCAUGUACGGUGCAGGUACCUCUGCUGGACCGGGCGCCCCCUCGGACCGCCUCAGCCUGCACCGCACGCCUUCUCAAAAGACGGUCGCUACACAAUUGUCCAUUCCGCUCUCAGCAUCGGCAUCCAAUGCGGCCCUCCAGGCGUACGCCAAGAGCGAGCACACUGCGAAUGGCAGCCAGCCCCACCUCGGCGGCUCUCAACAGGCACAUGGCAGCACUGAACCUGCCACGCCCGUGAUUGGCUCGGAAGCAGGUCACUCGGUGAACGCGCCCGAGAAGCCGCUAGAGGCAUCGACAAGUACAGAAGUGAUCGAUUCGCAGUUGACGGCGCAACCGGCUGAUGAUGCGCUGCUCAAGGCUCAGGCGAGCAAUCUUGCCGCGACUGAGCACGAUGAGACGCUGAACGCGGCUGCUGAGCGGACGGAGCAGGUGGGAGAGGAUGCGGUGGCGACGAAGAAGCAUGGAGAGCUUGAUGUGCCCGGUGGUCCGCCCGUUGCGUGA